AUGAUUUAUCAACAAUCAAAUUCACAGAUAACAAAAGACACUUUGUUUAAUGAUUUACCAUUACAAAUGAAACAAGCAGUUAUUGAAUUAAAGAAUCUUAGUGAAUUUAAGUUAGAAAAGAGUGUGUUUCCGCCAUUAAUUGAUUUUAGUGAAUUUCAUAUUCCAGAGAGUAAUAGAAUCUCAGAACAGUUCCUUACAAUAGUUAAUAAUGUUGAAUUCUUAGAAAAAAAUCCUAAUGUUAAAUUUGAUGUUAAGUCUAAUUAUUAUAAAGAUGUUAAAGAUCAUAAUAAAUUUGCUGAUAUUUACGCUAAGAAUAUCACUAAUAAUAAACCAAUAGAAGAACUUGAGAAAACAAUAAACUUAAUAGAAGACAGGCAUAUGAAAAUGACAAGAGAAUUUAAAAAAUAA